AACCAAACAACUCUACAAACAAACAACAACCAUCACAAAUCCAAAUCCCACUUCAAAAUUAGCAAUUACUCUUCAUCAAUUCAAUACAUUUCCCCUUAAUUUGGAAAUAAGCAACAAAAAACAAAAACAAAAACAAUGGCUUCAAAAAAGAUUACAUGGGAAUCCAUUUUCCCAAGUUGCUUCAAGCCAAAGGGAUCACAAUCCAAACCUAAACUCAUUACUAAAUCCAAAACCAAAACCAAAACCAAAACAACAACCAAAACUAAAACAACAACCAAAACCAAGACUAAGACUGUACCACAAAGAGUAGUACCAAGUUCUCCUCAAAGGAUAUCCAUCUCAGACAUUAGCAACCCGAAUUUCGAGUUCUCGUUCAACGAUCUUUCGACCUCUUUUGUCGGGUCAAACCUUCAAGUUUUUACAGUGGAUGAACUAAGGAUCAUCUCAAACAACUUCUCUUACACUAGCAAUUUCAUUGGCGAAGGCGGGUUCGGGGCUGUUUAUAAAGGGUUCAUUGAUGAAAAGCUUAGACCCGGUUUAAAAGCUCAAAGUGUGGCUAUUAAGGUCUUGGAUUUGGAAGGAUCACAAGGCCAUAAUGAGUGGCUGGCUGAACUUAUAUUUCUGGGACAAUUGAGGCAUACUCAUUUGGUAAAAUUGAUCGGAUAUUGCUGUGAGAAUGAACAAAGGGUUCUUGUUUAUGAAUAUAUGUCCAGAGGCAACUUGGACAACCAAUUAUUCAGAAGAUGCUCUGUUGCCUUACCAUGGUUGACUAGAAUGAAAAUCGCGCUCGGAGCUGCCAAAGGCCUCGCAUUCCUUCAUGGUGCCAAUAAGCCUGUCAUUUUAAGGGAUUUCAAGGCUGCAAAUAUACUCUUAGAUUCUAAUUUCAAAGCAAAGCUUUCAGAUUUCGGGUUUGCAAGAGAUGGACCAGAUGGAGAUAAAAGUCAUGUAACUACAGAACACAUCCUAGGCACUAAAGGCUACGUUGCUCCAGAAUAUGUCAUGACAGGUCAUUUGACAACUAUGAGUGACGUAUACAGUUUCGGAGUAGUUCUUCUAGAGUUAUUGACCGGGAAAAGAUGCAUGGACAAAAUUCGUCCAAGAAGAGAACAUUGCCUAGUCGAAUGGGCUAGGCCACUUCUUAAGGAUCCUCGAAAAAUGGAUACAAUCAUGGAUUCGAGGCUAGAGGGUCAAUACUCGGUUCAAGGGGCUAAAAUAACCACCAUGUUGGCUUAUCAAUGCCUUAGCCAUAAUCCGAAAUCGCGACCUACAAUGAGUUCAGUGGUUAAGACCUUGGAGCCGUUAAUGGAGAUGAACGAUAUUCCGAGCCAUUUCGUGUAUGUUGUACCAAAAGGAGAAAAGAAAGAAUAUGCAAACCAAGUUAAAGAAAGGAAAAUGAACAAAGAUAAUAAUAGGGUUAGACACAAUGCUUUACAUAGUAGGCUUAGCAAUGGUGUUGAUUCCCCUGGAUUCGGUAGAUAAUAUAUUAAAGACAUAGUAAAA